AUGCCACAAACAUUUACUUCUAUUGCUAAGAUCGGUGACUACAUUUUAAGAACCCCAGCUCUUGCUAAAGUUGUCGUUCCAAUCGCUCACCAGUUCAUCAACUUGUCUGGUUACAGAAAGAUGGGUUUGAGAUUCGAUGACUUGAUUGAAGAAGAGAACGAGCUUGCCCAAACUGCUUUGAGAAGACUACCAGCCGAUGAAUCCUACGCUAGAAUUUACAGAAUCAUCAAUGCCCACCAACUAUCUUUGUCCCACCAUUUGUUGCCAAAAGAUAAGUGGACCAAACCAGAAGAUGACAUUCCAUACUUGACUCCUUAUUUGUUGGAAGCUGAAGCCUUUGUUAAGGAAAAGGAAGAAUUGGACAACUUGGAAGUUGCCAAAUAA